GGAAAACUGUACAAACGUCUGCACAAUUGCUAUGAAUUGUAUUGCGGCUUUGUUCAGUUGGACUGCAAAUUAUUGCGUUUUGUAUAAGGAUCGUGUCUCAGGAGAAUUCGAAAACAAAAAUGAGUUGUUGAUAUCGAAUGUGACGGAAAAGACAAAGUUCUAUCUUAGUUCAUGGAAAAGAAUUUUCUUUGAAAUAAUAGAAACUGGAAGCACUAACCCCUUACUAAACGACAACAGCUUUAAAUGUUUUGUGAAUUCUUCUGAGACUACAACUGAACUAGUACAAACGACGACGACAACCACAACAUCAGUAUGUACAUGUACAUUAAAUGACUGCAGAAGUUUUAAAAACUCAACAGAAAUACUUGAGAUGAUAGAAGAUAUAAAGAAGAACUUAUAUAUUGAUAAACAACAAUUAUCAUCAACAAAAAGAAAACUGCAAUCAGCUGAGGAUCCCCGCACUUCAUCAAAAUCUAUUGGAUUGUUUGGAGUAGCCAUUCUAACGUCUGUAUUACUAACAAUUGUCUUAGCAGAUGUUCCAAGGUUGUUAAGUUUCAUUAAGAAUGCAAGCAUAAACAAGAUAAAUGAUCACUUGGAACCUUGAAAUACUUUUCACUGGACGACUUUAAAUUGAUAAUUGUUUACAUCCUCGUUCUUUGUUCAAUGCAUGGCUGAUAGUUUUUUUUUUUUCAUUUUCAAUCAAAACAUAUAGUAUAUAACUGUUUAAUCUGAGAUUUUAGAGUUGUAUUGUCAUUGCAUCGGAAUUGACAUUGUAUUAAUUUAAAAACUCUAAUGACGUCAUGAAAAAUGUCUUUUAAAAGCAGCUUCCAGAGACUGCAAUUGCAGUUAUUAUUUCCGAAGUUGUCUUACAGAUUUAAUAGUUUUCUCCUGGUCGUCUUACUGGUAACAUGGUUAGUUUGGGUAUAUAUUCAGUGCUAACUACACACAUGUAGGAUGGCAUGAUACUAAAACCCCUAACGGUAGGGAGUAUGCUUUAUUUUCAUAUGAAGACAUAAUCUUUCGAUCAGUUUAUUUGAGGUCUGGAGCUGGCAUGUCAGUAACUGCUAGUACACAGGUAAAAUAGAAGUUAUGAAAUACGUCCGUAAAACAUCCGUAUCACGGACUUUUUUCGGAGAAACAGUACCACGUCCGUAAAACAGAUCUUCCGUAUUACAGACGUUCUAAAACAUCCGUUUUACGGACGUUUCUGAAACAUCCGUA